GCAAGCUCCGACGACUCUUCUGUCCGGUUCAGACCAGCCCCCACGAAGCGUUCAAGUUCACAUUCGGAUUCCCACCUGAACGAAUCUCAUCUUCCACCCAUUUCACCCCGUUGAUGGAGCUCACUCCCUUCUCAUUUCUCAACCAGGACAUCCACGACGACCUCUCCCAGCUCUCCGGCUUCCUCUUCCCCGACAUGGCCGGCUACCCACCCGCGGGCGGCGGCGGCUCCUCCUCCUCGUUCGGCGGCGUCGGCGGGGACGACGCGGGCAGCCCGUUCAAGCGUCAGAGGAAGGAGGAGGGAGACGGAGGAGGAGGGGGUGGGGGUGGAGGCGGCGAUGGCAAUGGUGGUGGUGGUGGUGGUGGGUCGGUGGGAGAGAUCGUGAGCUCGCUCGUUUUGCUGGAGGAGGAAGAGAAGCGGGAGAGGGAGGGCUUCUUCGCCGAGUCGGCGUGGGGGAAGGCCUCCAUGGAAUCGAGCUACGACCGGGAGCUCCGGGCGAUGAGCGAUUACUACUGCAACCUGCAGGCGCAUUACGACGGCGCGAACGAGGUCGAGGCGAGGAAGAACAAGCGCGCCAGGCAGUCGGGCGCCGCGGCGGCAGCUGCGGCUGCGGCUGCUGCGGCGUCGGCGUCGGCGUCGUCGGCGGAGGGGGGAGGUGAGGCGCACGCGCCGACGCCGGGCGCGGGCCAGCAGCGGCGGCUUUGGGUGAAGGACCGGUCCAAGGAUUGGUGGGAGCGGUGCAACAGCCCGGAGUUCCCCGAGGAGGAAUUCCGGCGGGAGUUCCGGAUGAGCAAGGCCACGUUCGAGUUCAUCUGCAACGAGCUAGACGCGGCUGUCACGAAGAAGAACACGAUGCUGCGGGAGGCGAUCCCCGUGCGGCAGCGCGUGGCGGUGUGCGUGUGGCGGCUCGCGACGGGGGAGCCGCUCCGCCUCGUGUCGAAGCGGUUCGGGCUCGGCAUCUCCACGUGCCACAAGCUCAUCCUCGAGGUCUGCUCCGCGAUCCGCAACGUCCUCAUGCCGAAGUUCCUUCAGUGGCCCGACGAGCGCCGGCUUGCGGCUAUCAAGGACGAGUUCGAGGCGGCUUCGGGCAUCCCCCGCGUGUGCGGGGCAAUGUACACGACCCACGUGCCCAUCAUCGCCCCGAAGAUCAGCGUCGCAGCGUACCUGAACAGGCGGCACACGGAGAGGAACCAGAAGACCACAUACUCGAUCACGGUCCAGGGCGUGGUCGACCCGCGGGGCGUGUUCACGGACGUGUGCAUCGGGUGGCCCGGGUCGAUGCCGGACGACCAGGUACUCGAGAAGUCGGCCCUGUACCAAAGGGCCAGCAAGGGGCUACUGAAGGACGUGUGGGUCGUCGGGAACCCCGGGCACCCGCUGAUGGACUGGGUCCUCGUCCCCUAUACGCACCAGAACAUCACGUGGACGCAGCACGCGUUCAACCAGAAGCUCGCGGACGUCCGGGGCGUGGCGCGGGAGGCGUUCACGCGGCUCAAGGGGCGGUGGGCGUGCCUGCAGAAGCGGACCGAGGUGAAGCUGCAGGACCUGCCCGUCGUGCUCGGGGCGUGCUGCGUGCUGCACAACAUCUGCGAGGCGAGGAACGAGGCCAUGGACCUGGAGCUGGGGUUCGAGAUCUUCGACGACGAGAUGAUGCCCGAGAACCCGGUCCGGUCGGCCGCCGCCGCGCACGCCCGGGAUCAGAUCGCUCACAAUUUGUUGCACCAUGGGCUCGCGGGCACCUCUUUCUUGUAGCGGUAUUUGCAGGAUUGGAUUCUGGGUCAUUGAUUAGUUUGAUUUUCGCUUCAUAGGUUUUCGAUCUAGAUUGAUGAUAUUUAUUAUUGAUUAUAUUUUGGAUGGUGGGUAUAGAAUAAAGUCAUUUGAUCAUUAGGCUUGGUUGAGGAUCGCGGUACUUCGAUAGUUUCUUCUGACCUACGGAAUUCGAUGACGGAUACACGUUUUCGAGUUUAGUUAA